AGGAAGUAGUGAAGUAAACAGACUGAUGGUGGAGGCAGCGGCUGUGAGGGUCUAACGUCGCAUUUCUUUGUUAAAAACCUUAUUUCUUCUUUCAAAAUGAGUCAACAUAUUGAGAGAGAUCUUGAUGUGACUAAUUGUAGCCGUGGAUUGUGGCUGGUUAAGAUUCCUAAGUACAUGCGGGAAAAAUGGGCAGAGUGUGCAGGUGAUGUCGGAACACUCAAGAUAAACAAAGUUCCUGGUAAAAUUCCAUCUGUGUCUUAUUCAUCAAAUGAUCAAAUACUAAAGGACAGCAAGAUGCCCAGGGAACACAAGUUCAUCUUACACAGUGUCAAAGAAAUGACGCUUGGUGUAUUCUCCCAGUCAAUUCCACAAGGGAGCCCAGAUGCUGUAGUUCCUGAGACGGAGAAGUUAUAUAUGGAGGGACAAGUCAUUCAGAAGUUUGAGUGCCAACCUGUUGUUGAUAAUUACUAUAUUAACCAGAAGAGAGCUGCUGUAGUAAAGGCUGCCCAACCUCAUCGUAAGGCUGGAUUUAUUGAAAGACCUGUGCACGUCUACAAGCCAAUAUCAAAGCAUAGGCACAAUAAUGAAACAGAAGAGAGGAAGAAGGCAGAAGGGAAGAAGGCCCGUGAUGACAAGGAUAAAGUCAGGGACAUGCUGUAUGCUGCAUUUGAGAAACAUCAGUAUUAUAACAUUAAGGAUCUGCAGAAGUUGACAAGACAACCUAUUACGUAUCUGAAGGAGAUCCUCAAGGAACUGUGCGACUAUAACGUCAAAAACCCACACAAAAAUACAUGGGAACUCAAGCCUGAAUACCGGCACUAUAAGAAAGACGAGAUGGCAGCGGAUGACCCAAGCAGUGAUUAACCUCAAGACUCUCUAGUGCAGUGGUUCCCAACCAUUUUAGUACCAUGCCCCACUUUUUUAUCACAAAUUUCUUCAUGUCCCCCACCCGUUAAUUGUUUAGUAUGAUAUAACAAUAUCAGUUUUGAAGAAGUAUAACAUAAAAAAUUGUAUCUUUCAAAUAAAACUAAAGGGUUUAACUUCAAAUUUAAUCAAAUAAAAUCCAUUUUAUAAUGUGUAUAACAUAUCUACCAUCAGAUUAAAUAAAUUCAAUUACAAUCAAUUAAUGAGACCCUUGAGCCUGAUGUCUACUGCAAAGAGAUUUUAUCCGAGGCAGAUAUUUUGUUAAUUUCAAUCUCAAGUCGCCUCGUUUAGUGAUAUCCAGUCGGUUUCUUUUCUUCAGUAAUAAGUCAUUCACAGCACUAAAUCCACAUUCCACUAAGUAUGACGAUGGGAAUGGUAACAGUAGUUUUCUUGCCAAACUACUUGUAUUUGGAUAUUUAGCUUGUGUUUCUUCACAGAGCCACAUCAUUGUUCUUUUUAUUUUGAACAGGGCUUUAAUCGAGUCAUCAUUUUGUAAUUCUGAAAGUUCUCCUUGAUACUCCAUGGUUACAUCUGACAGAUCCACUAGCAUUGGCUGAGUCAUCCAAGAUGGAUAAUUAAUUUCUUUCAAAUCAGAAAAUCUGAAGUUGAAAUCGCUUACCAUUAUUUUUAAGUGCUCCACAAUAACAAGACAAGUAGCAUCUGUUACCUCAAAUUUAUUCAGCCAAUAAAAUUGUUCAAAUUUUUUGACAGAAAUAUUUUCUUGGGAUAAUUCCAGAAAUGAUAUAAAGCCAAAUAUCUUGGCCUUUGAAUUAACAAGAGUCAUAUUUGUUCCUUGGAGCUCCUUAUUUAAGACAUUGAGUUUUUCAAAUAUAUCUGCUAAAUAACUGACAAGUGCUUUACCAUCAACUGUCAGUAACAGUCAUAUAAGGUUUGUCAUCCAAGAACUCGCUAAGAAUAUCAAAUAAUUCCAUGAAUCUUUUCAGGCAAUUCCCAUUUGAUAACCACCUUACAUCAGUAUGAAGUAAUGAUCUUACAUAGUCUGCAUUUUGAUCCUUGCAAAAUUGUUUGAAAAGACGCUCACAUUUGGCAUUAGCUUUUAUAGUGUUGAUGCAUUUUAUAACUGCAUUCAAUGUCUCGUUUAGAACAGGGGAAACUUUUUUGGAAACUAAAUUCUGUCUAUGAAUAACACAAUGCACUAACAACAUUUGGGGAUUGUCGUCUUUCAAUAAUUUUAAAACUCCAUUUUUCUUGCCCAUCAUCACUGGAGCACCGUCUGCAGCACAAGAUAUAAUGUUCUCCAUUGGUAUCUGCUUAUCAUCUAAAUAUGUUUUUAAUUUCUUAUAUAUAUCAAUUGCAAUAGUGGUGGUUUCUAAUGCUUCGCAAAAUAGCAUAUCCUCGAUAAAUUCUCCAUUAUCAACAUAUCUUACAUAGGCCAUUAACAGAGCUUCACUAUCUCUUACAGUUGAUUCGUCCAACUGUAUUGAAAAAUUUGUAUAUUUUAAUUUUUCAACAAGUUGUACUUCUACAUCACAACUCAUUUCAUCAAUCCUGCUACUAACAGUAUUAUUACUGAGCGGCAUGCUUUUGAGAUCUUGGUCAUCUUUUUCAAGAACUACUUUCAGAAAAGUUGAUAUUGCGGGCUUAAUUAAAUUCUCCCCUAUUGUAUGAUUUUUGCCACAUUUUGCUAUGAGAAGAGAAAUUUCAUAACUAGCCUCAAGACCACGAUCCUUGCUUGCACUUCUUGCAGAGAACAAUGAAUUUAUUGUUGAUCUUUUUUCAAACUUCUCCUUUAGGGAUUUAAAAUACUCCAGUUUUGAAUUAACAUGAAUACUGUGUUUUGCCUUCAAAUGAUUUUCGAGACGACCUCUCUUCAUGGAUUCAUUAGUCAAACAUUGGUGGCACAACAGACAAAAAGGCAACCUUUCAUCAUGAGUCGCUGGUAUGAACCCAAACAGCAAGUACUCAUCUGAAUACUGGCGAACUUUUUUUUUGGCGUGCACACUGUUCAUUUUAUGCAUCAUGGGGGUAACUGAAAAGUGAAAAUAAAAUAUUUAUAUACUUAGGAAAAUAAAUUUAAUAUCUAACUUCUGUAACAUACAAGGCACAGUGUCAAUAUGCAGUUGCCAUUUCAAGUAAAUAUUGAGCUUUAUAUUCACAGUUUUAAAUUAAUGUUACUGUGACAAGAUCAAUGAAUGAUUAUUUUUAUACAUUAUUUUCAGAGAAUAACAAGAUCAAUAAUCAUAAUGAAAAGCACUUUAACCAGCCCUCUCAGUGAAGCUAAAAAACAGAGACAGAUAACUAUAUCAACAUGAAACUUGCAUUUGUGUUUAAUUCAAUACUGCUUCCAUGCUUUAUUGUGCACAUUUAAUUUGGUUGUAGUUAGUUUCCUCUGUUUUUUUAGCUUCAGUGGGAGCGUUGAGCAGCUGACUAAAACUCACCUUCUUCCUUGACAGCAGAUGAAGAACUGCAAAGUUAAACAAGUCAAAAGCCACGCAUAUAGCUGGUGCAGAUGCACGAUAACAUUAGUGGGUGAACACUUGACUAGAUUGCACAAGCUGUUGUGCUCAGCUAGGUUAUAAUUACAAUUUUACCCUAUAAAUUUAUGAUUUUUACCCAUAUAGGGUAAAAUAAAAAAAAUGUUGAUAUUACUAUAUUUUUCAUAUUGCCCCCUAUUAUUAUUGAAUUGCCCCCCUAUUAUUAUUGAAUUGCCCCCCUAUUAUUAUUGAAUUGCCCCCCUAUUAUUAUUGAAUUGCCCCCCAGUGGGGCGUAGGCCCCACGUUGGGAAUCACUGCUCUAGAGACAGUUUUUUUUGUUUUACUUUUACUUUUCAAGAACAUUUUUGUUAUUUUUUAUUAAUUGUUUUUCGAGAACAUUAUUUUGUUUUGGUAUUUUGUAUUUUUUCAGAGACAUUUUCUUAGUGCUGUUAAAAAUUACAUGGUACUUGGAAAUACUGAACAUGUGGAUUUGCCUUGAUAUCAUAACCAUUUGCCAUGAAUUAAAUAGUACCUGAAAGUGCUUGUACAUUUUUAUAUGACUAAUAUGAAAUACUGUACAGUACAGUUAAACCUCCAUGUAACGGACUUUUUUCAUAUACAGUAAUCUGUUAGAUGUAGGUUUCACAUCUAACGGACCCUCGAUAUAAUGGACUCUACAUGCCUAUUAGUUUGUUAGAUAGGGGUUUCACAUCGAACGGACCCUCGAUAUAAUGGAAUUUUCAUUUCUAUACAGUAGUUCGUUAGAUGGGGGGUUUCAUAUCUAACUGACCCUCGAUAUAAUGGACUUUCUCCUUAUAUUCCUUUAAAUAGAGGUCUUACUGUACCCUUGAAAGCCUUUUAUAUAGAAAAUAAAACUGGUAUCUAAAUGAUUGUCGUGUUUUUUAUGUUUUUCAUCUAUGUUAGUUUCUGCCAUAAUACAUCCAGUUCGGCAAGUGUUUGGUCACGAGGUAAUGGUCACUGUUCAGUAUAGUUAUUUUGGUCUCUCACACACGAACAAGAGUAGGAAGAGUGACCUUAAAUAUAUACGCUGUGACCAGCUUAUAUGACAUUACCAACUGCUAGCUCUUAUGUGACCUGAUGUUCUCUUGUAGGAGCAAUGAUGUCGUUAUACUUCGAGGAUAUCCUGACCUGACCUGACCUAUAGUGAGGGUGUUGGGUAGUCUUAUCACUUUGUAUGUUAUUGUAUUUUGAGUAGAACUGGUUAAUAAAAAUGUUAAUAUUUGGUUUAGAAAUAAUGAGGUGACAUUCGAUAUUAUAAUUCAUCGUUGGAUAUAGCAAUUAGCUUUAAGACUAGCCUACCAUUGUUAACCCUAUGUACUGCAGUAACUGUAUAAACGUACGAAAUUAC